CAAUAAAUGGAACUUAACCCUAAUUAGUAUCACUGGAGACACCUGCGUCGACCCGACUUUUCUUUCCUAUGUCAUAAUGGCUGCUCUCUAAAGGUAUAUUAUUAUUAAAGGUAUAAUAUUAUGUACACAAGUCAAACGGAAGUACAGCAGUGAGAUUUUUAAAAAGGACAGGAACUCGAGCAGUUUGACGGGGUUGCUAUGGCAACGACUAGAGCGUCAACAUGUCCGCAGGAGCGACCCGUCGUGAAAAGACAGACAAAGCAAAAGUCAAAGACAGUAACCUAGAGAAAGAGGAACCCGUCUUCCUCCUCCAGUGGGACGCGCUGCCACACCAACAGAUCCCAGAGCUGCUCCACAGAAGCGGGAAUGAACUUCAGGCGGAGUUAAAGGAGAUUCUGGGCUUCAGGAACUAUCAGACGUGUAUGAAGGAAGCUGCCCUACUGGAUUACUAUGUCUGUGGUUUCUGGUGGGCAAAAGAGGCCAACUUCACCCCCAUACAAAUCUCCUUCACCAUGGCUGUACUGCACAUGCUGCUAAAUAACAUAAGAGAGAAACAGAUGGUUUUGGUGGAGAACUUGAUGGAGUUUGCAAAGGCCUUAGGUGCUGCCUGCUGCUGCUCCACUUCAGAGACAGACACCACGUCACUUCUAGACAAAGAAGAUGCCAUGGCACUGAUAAGUUACAUCAGAAACAGUCUGUUUCAGAAAUACACACUCUACGAGCUUCUCUUCACGACAUCCAGAGAGGAGCUACUGACUGGGAUGGAGAGGACCAUCGAGGUGUUCAGCUGUCAGGAUGCUCUCACUCCGCUGGAAGAAGGCAUUUCUACUCACAUCUGCCUCCAGUGAGUGUUUGUGCCUGCUGUCCAGAGAAAGAUGAACAAAGAAAAUGAACAGGUGUUGACUGGCAGGUGGUCAGACGGACAGACAGCGUCAGUGUGAGUUGUGAUUCAGUCAUUAUCCACAGUGAGGCGCUGUCUGUCUGUUGAGUCAGACUACAUUAAGCAGUCCACACUUCAUCUUCAGCUUUUACUGUUUUACUGUACAUGGACCACAUAACACAUCAGUUUAUUUAAUGUUUGUAUGGGUCAGGUGGUAUGUAACAGAAGAUUACACAUUGUAAGGUGUACCCACAAGAGAUUGGUUGCUUCCAAAUAAUAAUAAAACAUGUUUUG